AUGGUCCGAGCACAUUGCCCAAUAACGAGGAAUCAAGAGGUCCCUGACGGCCCAGCUUGGGCAUCAACAAGUCUCGAUCUCGACCAGUUGAUUGAAAAUCGACCGGCAACAUCGAGAUCUACCGUUCCAUUUGAGUUGAAGAUUACUUCUAUUUUUGAGUUAAACAUGGUCCAAAAACGGCCUUUUGAUGAAGAUGAGUCAAACGACGUUUCAUCUAAACAACCAAGGCAAAUGGAGCACGAUAGUAGGCUUGUUUCAGCUUUGGAUUUUCCUCCUGAACCUGUCGUCCAGAGUUAUUAUACUUCAGGUGAAGGUGGCAAUGGUUCCACAAAAACCAAGGCAGAAGGUGGUGAGAAGCUUGAUAUUGCUCAUAUUACUGAAAUUCAAUUUCGCACCAAGAAAGAUGUGGAAACCAGUGUCCUUGGUUCUUUUCCCAGCUCUUCCCUGUUUGCUGGAAGUAUCAGUGAAGAAGAUAUCAGACCGGAAACACAAUUUCAUAUAAUGUUGUCUCCUGACCAUAUUUUUGAGCGUCAACCGAGGACCAUUGUGCAUCCUGGGGAGAUAUUCUCUCUUCUUUUGGAUCAUCCUCCUCGGAAACUUGUCCCUGUUGGACGAUGUCAUCAAGCAGAUAUACCGGAAUGGCGUGCACAUUUUUGCAAGAAGGCACCCAGUCUCUCAGAACAUACUGAAGCAGCGCCAAAUCUGGCUCUGGAAUCCGAUGAGGAGAGAUUAGCUGGAACUUGUGUUGUUCCAAUGUCAGAUUCAGAACAACUUGCAGACACUGGGGUGGUUGGGGUUGGAAGAAAAGGUUGUAUUUGUGAAGAUGAGGGUUCCAUCAGAUGUGUUCAACAACACAUUACAGAAGCUAGAGAGAAACUUAGGGGAACCUUUGGACCUGAGACAUUUACUGAGUUGGGUUUCUGUGAUGUGGGAGAGGGAGUGGCGGAGAAAUGGAGCGAAGAGGAAGAGAAAUUGUUUCACAAGGUUAUAUUUUCUAAUCCCACAUCAUUGGGAAAGAACUACUGGAAUGAUCUUGCUGUUGUAUUUCCUUCCCGGUCAAAGAGAGAAAUUGUCAGCUAUUAUUUUAAUGUAUAUAUGCUACGAAGACGAGCCGAGCAGAAUAGGUUUGCCCCAUUAAAUAUUGAUAGUGAUGAUGAUGAAUGGGUGGGAACUGAAGAUUCUACUGAUAAUGAAGUUCAAAAUGGUGAAGAUGACGACUCCGUGGCUGAAUCACCAAUAGUUCCUGAUCAUAAAGAAAUCUUAGAUAUAAAUACAAGUGCAUAUGAUGAGGAUGUUGUGCAGAGUGCUCCAGUAGAUGCGAGAGCUGUGGCUUUUGGUGGUGAUAAUAUCUAUGUGCCAGAGGCAUGUACUUGUAAGUUAGAGGUCAAAUGUAGUUUGGAUCCUACUGUGCGGCCUUCAGAUGGAAAUCUUUCUCUCGAUACAGAAGGUCUUGAUGCCCAAGAAGGCACGUGUACGUCCAGUGGUGCUGGGUUUGGUUCACAAGUGACCAUGGAGAAAGCUGAUAGUCAUAAACAAUGUACAGGUCACUUAAGUGGAGCAAAUGGGAUCGGUGGCCAUGAAUUCAUGAUGGAGGCCUGCAAUGCUAGAGAAUGGGAGUUUGGUUACCUCCCUUGCCCAAGAAAUGAAGUUGAACUCUUGCCCACAUGUAAUAUGAUUGAAGAAGUUUUUGGUGCUGGAUCUUGGGAUGGACAGGGCUUAAACUAG